AAUAACAGAUUGGCCACGUUGUUGUUGUCAGCGAUUGUAGCGCUGCGUCUAUGGUAUGGUACUUGUUUCGUGGCUCUCAUUCUAUUUAUUCCUCCGUACUGUCAAGUAAAACCACAGAGUAAAACAAAAGUAAAACCGAGUCAUUAGAAAGAUGAUUGCGAUAAAAUAGCAUCGGUAGGAAUUUCAAGAACCUCCUAUACCUUUGAUUUUUUACAAAUAAUUAUACUAUGUAUCAUAAAUGUAUUUAUCUAUUAUCUUAUUACACAUAUAUUUUUAUUAAUAAAAUGGAUUUGGACAAUGUUUUAACUUCUAAUAACUGGUUUCGACUCACGAUUUCCUUAAAUUUUGUGAAAUGGGAAUACUUGUUUGUGUAGUUAUAUAAAAAAGAGACAAAAUAACUUAAACAAACUGAGACCUUCAUUUUUACGAACUUUCGACGUCGACGCUAUAGAAAUGAAACGAGAUUUGGAUUUUUAAGUUUCAUGGUUCCAUCGUUGUUUCUUUGCUUUCAUGGUUUAAAAAAUAAGCUAGACUUGAUGUUGUCACUGUCAACAACAGAAAUCAUAGUUUGAAACAUAUGUAUAAACAAAGUUCAUGUUGUUUUUUUCUUAUUAUAAGAAGAAAAAUCAAUAAUGGGCGUUGGGUUGCUGUAGUAUUGUUUUAUGUAAGUCGACGUACUUACACGUUUCUUUUUCAUUGUAAUAUGGCGACAAGCAAAGAUGUUGUUGAAGUAAUAGAUUCUCAAUUGCUGGCUGAGAAUGUUGGCUUUCUUGAGAAUUGUUUCGACAAUUCAUUUUCGCUACAAGCAUCAUUACAUUUGGUGAAGGAGUACGUUGCUGAAGAGGGUAAGAAUACAGUCAAGUUUAAAGAUUAUUCACAAAAUAAAACUAAGAUCAGCUUUACACAGAAUAAAACCAUUGCUUUAGACGCUAGUGUAUGUAAAGUAACGGCUACACAAAAUACUAAAGUAGUUAAUAAAAAUCUUAAAGCUUGGGGGCUCCCGUCUGAAAUAGCGUUGAAGUAUGAGCAGCGAGGCAUCAAUGAAAUGUUUGAUUGGCAAGUGAACUGCCUCAGCAAUCCUAAAGUUUUAUUAGAAUGUUGCAACUUGGUAUAUUCAGCACCAACAUCAGCAGGUAAAACUUUAGUAGCUGAAAUAUUGACUAUAAAGACAAUUUUGGAAAGGCAAAAGAAGGUAAUUGUUAUAUUGCCCUUUGUGUCUAUUGUAAGAGAGAAAAUGUUUUAUUUGCAAGACAUACUGUCAACCUCUGGGAUCAGAGUUGAAGGAUUUAUGGGAUCCCAGUCGCCACCAGGUGGCUUGCAGGCUGUGCAUGUGGCAGUUUGUACUAUAGAAAAAGCUAAUAGUCUAGUCAAUAGACUUCUGGAUGAAGGUACCAUAACAGACCUGGGCGCUGUCAUUGUUGAUGAGUUGCAUUUGUUAGGAGACCCUCAUAGGGGAUAUAUUCUAGAGCUUCUUUUGACAAAAAUUAAAUAUGUGUCAUCUAAAAGAGAUGACUGUCAAAUACAGAUUGUUGGAAUGUCUGCAACUUUGCCCAACUUGGAAAUAUUAGCCGAGUGGUUGGAUGCGGAACUGUUUGUCACAGAUUUUCGCCCAAUACCCUUAGAUGAGUACUGUUUAGUUGGGAACAAAUACUUUGAUAAAAAUGGAAAGCUUGUCAGUACUAUAAGUAAAGAUUCAACUACAGAAGAAACUGAUUAUGUUUUGAAAAUUUGUUUAGACACCAUUAAGGAUGGUUGCUCGGUUUUAAUAUUUUGCAUGACCAAAAAUAGAUGUGAAAAUUUAGCUCAAAGUAUAGCAUCUUCAUUUUAUAAACUUGGCUGUUCAGGUAGUGAUUUUGGAUUAGUUUUAAGAAGUCAAUUAAAAUCGGAGAGGAUACAUGAAGUUCUAGAACAAUUGAGAAAUUGUCCAGUUGGUUUGGACCAAAUACUGAAAACAACAAUAUCAUUUGGUGUUGCAUAUCAUCAUGCUGGUCUUACAUUUGAUGAAAGGGAUAUCAUUGAAGGGGCAUUUAAAUCAGGAGCCAUCAGGGUUUUGGUAGCUACAUCAACCUUAAGUUCAGGUGUGAAUUUGCCUGCAAGGAAAGUUAUAGUGAGGUCACCAGUUUUCCAAAGGCAACCUAUAAAUAUACUGACAUAUAAACAAAUGAUAGGGAGGGCUGGCAGAAUGGGAAAAGAUUCUAAAGGAGAAAGCAUAUUAGUCUGCACAGAAUCUGAGAAGAAAAUAGGAUUUGAUCUCAUGAUGGGAAUGUUAGAUCCAGUCAAAAGUUGCAUUGAAAGUGAGGACAAAUAUAUGAGAGCAAUACUUGAGAUGAUUGCUAGUCAAGUAUUGUGUACAAAAGAGGAGUUGGACUACUAUUCAAAAUGUACUUUACUAUUUGUACAACAACAUAUUACAGUUUCACAGAAUUUACUUUUAGACAGUACAUUGGAUGAACUAAUAAACUAUGAGUUGGUGAGAAUCCAGGAAGACGGGACUGAGAAGAGAUAUGUAGCUACUCCGCUAGGUAAAGCCUGUCUUUCGUCAUCUAUGGCUCCUAAUGAUGGUUUGUCUUUAUUUUGCGAGCUUCAAAAAGCUAGGCAAUGUUUAGUGUUGGAGACAGAUCUUCACCUUAUUUAUUUAGUGACUCCUUAUAGUGUCAGCAGUCAAUGGGGUGACAUAGAUUGGCUUCAUUUGUUAACUUUAUGGGAGUCUUUAACUAAAGCCAUGAAAAGAGUUGGGGAGCUGAUAGGCGUACAAGAAAGCUUCAUCAUUAGAUGUUUGAGAGGAGCUAAUAAACUUACCAAUGUACAAAAUAAGAUGAAUAUACAUAAAAGGUUUUAUACGGCUCUUGCUUUACAAGAUUUGGUUAAUGAAGUACCACUAUCUGAAGUUGCAAACAAAUUCCAAUGUGCAAGGGGGUUUCUUCAGAGUCUUCAACAAGCGGCCGCCACAUUUGCUGGAAUGGUAACAGCAUUUUGUCGUCAGCUAGGAUGGAAAAAUAUGGAAAUGCUGAUUGCUCAAUUUCAAGAUCGUUUGCAUUUCGGUAUUCACUCAGAGUUGCUGGAACUAAUGAAGUUACCGUCUUUGAAUGGUAUAAGGGCACGUACACUGUUCGAUGCUGGUUUUGAAACCGUAUCGAGUAUUGCAUCGGCCGAUGUGAAUAUGAUUGAAAAUACUCUACACAAAACUGUGCCAUUUGAAUCAAAUAAAGAAAGAGAAGGAGAUGAUAGCGAUGAUAUGAGAAAGCGUAAUAAAAUAAAAAGUAUUUGGGUAACUGGCUGUUGUGCUAUGACAACGAGGCAAGCUGCUGAGAGUCUGAUCACUGAAGCUAGAAAAUAUUUAGAGUGUGAAAUUGGUGUUGCUGAAAUCAAAUGGGAAGCGGCAUCUUCUAAUGUAGUUAAUGCAAUACAUAGCAAUAUAGUUAGCAAUAGUGAGUCACAUACACAAAAAAAUAAAGAUAAUCUUUCUGUUAGCACCACGGUUAAUACAGUUGCGCAAAGUAACACGAAUAACAUGGUAACAGCAAACAAGAAGUCGAAAAUAAAAGAAGAAAUAAAAAGUGUUAAAAUAGAAAAUACUGAAGCUGAUGCAAAUCAUAGUAGCGGUGACACGCACUAUAGUACAUGUAUAUAUAACAAAUCGGAUAAUCUUAGUAGAAAUGAGUCUAUAUCUAACAGAUACUCCAGUCCACUAGUCGAAAAACGUGUAGAUAUAUCUCUGAAUAGAAUCAUAGAAGAUGAAAUCAAAAGCAGUCCUACUAUAUUGCCUAAAAAUAUCACUGUCGUAGAUGAAAUCAUCUGGGAUUCUCUCAAUUUUACUGAUGUUGUCGUUGAAAAUAUUACUAAACUUAAGACUGCGAGUAACAUAGAUUCCCCGAAUAUGAGUUUUGGCGAAAUCGAAGAUAAAAAAGAAGAUUCUCUAAACACGAAAAUCACGACAUCGAAUUCGAAAUCUGUUAAUGACAUUAGUAUUUUUUCCUCUGAUGGUGAUAAUUCUAGUCUAUUCGAGGAAAGUUUGCCAGUAGAUUUGAUAUCUACGAAGUUACUCAAUGGCGACCAUUUGAAAACUGUGGCACUGCCUAAAUUCAAUAAUGAAAAUAAUACAUGUACUAAUAUGACUAACUUACAAAGCGACACUAUACUAAAUGCUUUUAAAUCUACUUUAAUCGAGUUGGAAGAAGAUGAGGAUAUAAAAUUAGUUUAUGACGACGAAAAUAAACCAAGUGAUAACGAUUUAGAAAUCGCCUUUAACACUUCGGAGGAAGUGAUCAACACACAACAAAUCAAGGAAACUUCUAUCAAAAACAUGUUCAUAAGUCCAUUUAAACGACAAGCUGAGUCUGAAAACAAUUCACCACAGCCAUCUACGAAAAAGUUAAAAGUUGAUCGUAAAUUGGAACUAAGACCUACAGAUAAAUUAGACAUAACUUUUAUUAAACUAAAUAACCCGAAAUCGAAAUUAUUUACCAUUCAACUAAAUGAAUUUAGUUAUAAUUGUUAUGUUCUGAGAGAUAAUGAUAUUUAUGCCAAUUUAGAUAUAUUGACGAACGUCAAAGAAGCAUCUAUAUAUUUAGACAUCAAAAACGCCGAAAUUAAUUUAGACCAAGUGAUUGGCAGUAACAUUGUGAAAGUCCAACACAAUCUCCGGGCAGAUAAUGCAGUUAAUGAGAGAAAGCACCUUAUUAAAGGUAUAGCUGUAUAUUUUAAUGAUAUUAAUAUUUUACUCGACCUCACGUCUUCCGAGGAUGCCCUAAUACGAAAUAAACUGACAAAAUGGUUAAGUUCGGAGUCGUUAGUAAUAAAAGUCUUGAAUUUAAGAUCUGUAUUUAUUCAUUUCCAAAGAUCAUUUGGAAUAACUAUAAGGUCGCGAUGUGUUGAUAUUUCUUUAGCAGAAUGGUUGUUGGAUAGCGAUGAGAAGAUUCCAAACGUUUUGGAUUUGGUAAAAAGGUAUUGUAAUAUAGAUUUAUCGACAGUUUUGCUCCGGGUAAAUCGAACAUCUAAGAAACUGAAUCACUUGGACUCGUUCGAAGUCGCUUGUUUGAGGUCAUGGUGCAUUUGGAUGGUAGCUGAGAGACAACGAGAUUGUUUGUUAAAGCAAUAUACCGCCGCCCGUGAUAUAUUUGAUAUCGAAACACAAAUUGCUAAAAUUCUCACGGAGUGUGAGUUGCAAGGAAUCUGUGUCGAUAAAGAUCUAGCCUCGAGGCUCCUGCUUGAUGUCAGAAAUUCGCAAGAAACUCUCCAAAAGAAAGCUUACAAAAUAUGUGGAUAUCAUUUCAACUUUAAUUCUUCGAAGGAUGUUGCUAAGGUCCUGGGAAUAUACAAAGGGCGCAGAGUGAGCACAAAGAAGAGCGUGCUCACUUCGCACAACAGCCCAAUGGCCAGUAUUGUGAUAUACUGGCGCAAGCUGAACUCCAUCCUCACCAAGACGUUGUAUCCCCUCACCGAGAAGGCCUGCGUUUAUAGUACUGGCGAUAGGGUAACCCCGUCGUACACUAUGUACACAUGUACGGGCCGUGUGAGCAUGCACGAACCGAAUUUGCAAAACGUACCACGAACAUUUUCCAUACCCUUGACUUAUCUAUCUCUAGAGGAUAUAAGGACUCAUGACGUCGCAGAAUUUAACUGUAGGAAUGUAUUCAAGGCCGCGCCAGGACAUGUCCUGGUGUCGGCAGAUUAUUGCCAGUUGGAAAUGAGGAUUCUGACGCAUUAUAGCAAGGACCCGGUUUUGAUGAAGAUCAUGAGCUCCGAUAUUGAUGUUUUCAAGUCCAUUGCGGCUUCUUGGAGUAACCUGCCAGAAGAAGAGGUAGACGACGACCUGCGCCAGAAAGCAAAGCAGCUCUGCUACGGCAUACUUUACGGCAUGGGUAACCGCACUCUCUCCCAGCACCUCGACGUCACUGAGCUAGAAGCUGCCAUGUUUAUGGACUCUUUCUACAAGACAUACCCUGCCAUCAGGUCGUUCACGCAAUCUGUAAUACAAGAGUGCAGGUCUAAGGGUUAUGUGGAAACACUAUCGAAGCGACGGAGGUUCUUGAGGGACAUCAACAGCAAUGUUAUGGCAAAGAAAAGUGCUGCAGAGCGACAGGCAGUAAACACCAAAAUCCAAGGAUCGGCUGCGGACAUAGCCAAGGCCGCCAUGUGUGCCAUAGAUACAAAAACUACUACAGAUAAUAAUAAACCUCGAUUGAUUUUACAAAUGCACGAUGAACUUAUUUACGAAGUGGUAGAGAGUAGUAAGGAAUCGUUCAUAAAGGCUUUAAAGCGAGUUAUGGAAGAAACAGUGCGUCUGAUGGUGCCCUUACCCGUCAAAGUGAAAACUGGUGUCACGUGGGGUUCUUUAGAAGAAGUUAGAUUUUAAAUGACAAUCUUAUGGAAUCAUGUAGUCAUUGCUAUUGCAUCCAGUGUCUUAGUUCUGUGAUAUUUUGGAUAACCACAUGUGAUAUUUUUUGUCUUUUUUUUUGUAAAUAUUAGUUAAAAUAAAAUGUUGUAUUUUUCUA